AUGGCGGCCGCGUGGGUGUCAGUGCUCUUCAUGCUGGCGGCCGCGAACGCCGCGGAAAACGACAAUGACAGGCGACCAUGUGCGAGCAUCCACGUUACCAGUUCAGUGGUGACCAUGGGUUCGCCCGUCAACGCCACCUGCAUCAUCGACACCAACUGCUUCGGCAUGGCCACUAUAAGCGGCAGCAUCGAAUGGCAGCUCGGUGACCAGGUCCUUCCCGGCAUUGUUUCACCAUCCAACGGGAGCAUCACAGCCUCUCAACUGGAAAUCCUCUCUUUCAACUACACGAGGGCCACCCUCACCUGCAGUAUCCGGGGCUCGCCCAGCCUGAUCGUCGCAGGGGUGCAAAUUCAGGCCGGAUAUCCACCCUCAGUACCACAGAAUUUGAGCUGUCAGACCAAUCUCUCCUUGCCUGAAAUCCUGACUUGUAAGUGGGAAGUAAACCAACCGGACACUGGCUUACCCACCAACUACACCCUCCACACACGGUUUUGGGAUUUGAAGUGGAACCACACUUACAAGAUACCGCCAGGGGCCCGCAGCUUCACCAUCCCUCGAAGCGGCUUUGUCUUCUUCACCGAUAUGGAAAUCUACGUGAAGGCAGUCAAUGAGCUCGGAGAGACAAACUCGGCGAGCCUCAUUCUGGAACCUGUCAGCUCAGCUAAAUUUGACCGGCCAGAGAUUGCAGAGCUACAAGCGUGGGGUUUUGGAUGCCUCAGGGUACAUUGGAAGUUUUACAAGGACCAGAACUGGAUCACUGAAUAUGUCAGUCUUGAGGUCCGACUCAAGACGGGGGAGAACAGCAUGUGGAACCAGCGACCAACCCUAAACCAGGUGCUGCCCAAAAGGCCUGUGUACCAGCACGGUCUUCUGCACGGGACACAGUACGUCGCCCAGAUCCGAGUUCGAUACCAGCAAAGCCCCUGGAGUGAAUGGAGCAAGAGCCAGUCAGCAGUCACCCAGGAAACCGCUCCUUCUGGAAGCCUCAACACAUGGAUGAGGGUUAUAGGGGAUCACACGAGCAAACAACUCAAUAUGCUCUUAUUUUGGAAGCCAUCGAAACGUUUCCGAGCUAAUAGCCGGAACGUAUCUUUCGUGGUCUCCUGGUUAAAAGAGUCGAGUUGGAAAGGCAAGCUGUGCGCUACGGCCUGGAAUCACUGCACCUUCCAGAUUCCAAGGAAUGCCAGGAAAGUGUAUCUCACAGCUCGGAAUCCUGCUGGGGAAUCUAACCCGACGUCUGUACGGAUCUACCAUCCGAAAGCUGGCAAAACCAUUUCAGAUAUUAGCGCUAGCACUGCUGAUGACCAGUCCGUGCUUGUCCUGUGGAAAAACAUGGUAUCAUCCACUCUGGUUGAUUAUGUAGUGGAAUGGAGACCUCUGUUGAACAGCGAUCUGUCUCUUGUUCAGUUUGAGACAGUGGGACGGAAUCUAUCGAGGCUUGCCAUAACAGGCAGCUUUGAGCCAUACAAGCCCUAUGGGAUCUCGGUGUAUCCCAGAUUUAAGGACGGAAUCGGCCCACCUCUCACUGUUAAUGCCUACUCACUGCAAAAGGCUCCAUCUGAGGUUCCCAAGAUAAGAAUAAAAAAGAACUGGUUGUACCAUGUUGAACUCACCUGGGAUGAAAUACCACUUGACCAGCAGAAUGGGAUUAUUAAAAGUUACAAACUGUAUUAUUGGGAUGAGACUGAGAAAGUGCACGCGGUGACAGGAGACCUACAAGAGCGCAAAGUGGUCCUGACGGGCCUUAGCUCCUCGUCUGUUUAUAGCGCUAUUUUGAUGGUUAGCACACAUGGCGGAAGCCGGAACGGGUCCACAGUUCAUUUUGACAUCAAAGAAAUGGAUCCUGUUGUUUCAGUGGUCAUGGCAGUGGGCAUUUUAACAGUUUUGUGUGUGGUGAUCAUUUUUGGGGUGAAGAUCUGUUACUCCAAAAAUAAUAAGCUUAAGAUGCAUUUUUGGCCCGACAUUCCUGAUCCUGCGAACAGCAGCAUUAAAAGCUGGACUUCCAAAUCCACACAGGAUAUACGAGCUUCACUGGACUUUGAGGAACCCAGUCCGAUCUACCUGUCCCACCUGAGCUUCCUGGAAAUCCCCAAGAAGCCCAACAAGGAAGAAGAAGUCACUGCUUGGUUGAACAACACGGAGGACACCAGCGACCUGGGAGAGUCCAUCUGCGGCUCGCCUUUAAUCCACGACUUUUCAUCAUCCAAUAGCGAUUCGGUGCCCUAUGCCACCGUCAUCUUCCCCUCUCAGCACCCUCACCAGUACUUGCGCUCCGAGUCCACGCAGCCCCUCCUGGAGUCAGAGGAGAUGCCGAGUCCAAAGUGUUACCAGAAUGUGGACGCGUCUGAAGGCUCAGAGUGCUUUUUUGGAUCGUGCGGGCCUGAAGAGGAAGCUAGCGUGGCUGCCAUUCAGUGGGAAGACUUUCCUUUUCUCAGCGCAUUAGCUAUGAAUGACUCUGAGUGA